CAAUUCCGUACGAUCAUGCUGGAACAUCUCUCGUAUGUUACAACGUGUGACUAGACCGUGUGCCCGCAAAUUGCCGCAAACGCGAGAGCUCUCCUCGACGUGCAUGACGUAACGAAUUCGUCGGCUGGCGCGGUGUUUCUUAGUGGCCAUUUUGUUUCCGACAGCACGGCUGAUUAAGGUGUAUCCGUGUACGUCCAUCCUUCAGUUUGGCCCGGCCACGUGAUGGACUCAAAGCGGUACGAACGCAGCUCCAGGUCGAAUACCAAAUCGCCACCUGCUCCGCCCUCGCCUCCCAUGUAUAGCACAAGUUACAGCACAUCGACACACGACGGCCACAAGGGCAGAGUCAGCUCGCGGCGCUCUCCCUCGCCUACCACGGAUCAUCAUCGGAGCAGUAGAUCCUCGCGGAACGACUCGCCGCUCCAGGAGCGGCGCAGGCGCCGUCGCAGCAGCUCCAGGUCGUCCCCGGUGCGGUCCCACCGAAGGUCCAGGUCCAACGACAAGGACCGAGACCGCGAUCGCGAUCGCGAUCGCGAUCGUGAUCGGGACAGGUCGCGAAAGUACUCCAGAAGGGACAGAUCGCGGUCGAGAUCGCGCGGUAGAUCCCGCUCGCGGGACAGGAGACGAAGCCGCAGUCGUAACCGCAGCAGAGACCGGCACAGAUACCGAGAGAGCCGCAAGCACCACACCAGGGCACCCUCGUACGAAUCAGACGCGUUGGAUGACCAUGGAGAGGGGGCGGGGAUGGCGAUGUAUCAGGCAGCGGCCGUAGCACCGCAACCGAACGCCUUCAAGAACGACGGUAGCUUUAUGGAGAUGUUCAAGAAGAUGCAGGAGCAAAUGCAACCCACUGCACAGAAACCUACCACCUCCGUGCUGGAAGAGAAGCCCGUGGUGCCGCCACCACUGAUGGUAGGUAAGAGAAGAGGCGGCAGGAUCCUAAAGACCGGCAUGGUGGCGAAGCCAAAGACGGAACAGACGGUGGAGCAGCCGAAGGACGCGUGGUCGCUCUACAUGGCGGAAGUGAAAAAGUAUCGGGAAGUUUGUUGCCAGGAGGAGGACAACACGCGACCAUUGGUCAAAUAGCUCGAACAUUCCGCGUCGCCCGUUCUUUGCGUACUACGGUUCUUUAUCUUUCUUCUAAGACGUCUAUAGUUAGUUAACGUUACCCUUGGUAAAAGAAAAUAUAAAAGAAAGCUUCGGAAGACGCUACUUCCGCAGACACCUUUCGUCCGUUUUGUUUUCACCGCGAACCUCGCGAUUCCUCUGUAAACGGAAAUCUGAACGAGAAAGACACGAAAGGAGACAGUGCCGUGAGAAACGGACGCAUUUGUGAUAUACUGUGUGUCGCGUGUGUGUUCUGAGAGACGUAUGGACGAGAGCGAGAGAGAAACGUAGAAUUUACAUUUGUGGGCGGAAAAAAAGGGGGAUAGAACGAGGGAGAGAAAGAGAGAGAGAGCGAGAAA